GGAGAGUGGAGCUCAGGAGGCCGACACGAGUGCGUUUCCCUCGUCCGGCUCGUCAUCCAUUCGCAGACCCGACUCGCGACGGCCGGCUGCACACCUCGUCUCGGUUGCACUUAGCUGCACACGCUACGCACAGCUACGCAUUCCAUUUCGACGCAUCCAAGUACGCACGUCACAGCACGGUAUCGAGCCGCGACAGGAUAUACAGGAGGAUCGGGAAGAGAUCAGCUGUUCUUAUUCGCCACGCGCUCCGUUUUUCCGCGCUGAAAGGAAGGCAGAAUGAGGGAGAUCGUGCAUCUACAGGCUGGACAAUGCGGCAAUCAGAUCGGGGCCAAGUUCUGGGAAGUUAUCUCUGAGGAGCACGGUAUCGACCAGUCGGGCAUUUAUCACGGGGAGAGCGAUCUGCAGCUGGAACGAAUCUCCGUAUAUUAUAAUGAGGCGUCUGUUGCGACGUCGACAAAUGGAGGAAAAUACGUGCCACGCGCGAUCUUGCUGGAUUUGGAGCCAGGAACGAUGGACGCCGUACGUUCCGGCGCUUAUGGGAAGCUCUUUAGACCGGACAAUUUUGUAUUUGGGCAGUCCGGUGCCGGUAACAACUGGGCGAAGGGCCAUUACACCGAGGGCGCCGAGUUGGUCGACUCUGUUCUCGACGUGGUACGGAAGGAGUGCGAAAAUUGCGAUUGUCUCCAAGGUUUUCAGCUCACUCACUCGUUAGGAGGCGGCACUGGAUCCGGGAUGGGCACCUUGCUGAUCUCCAAGAUCCGCGAGGAGUAUCCAGAUCGAAUUAUGAACACUUACUCGGUGAUGCCGUCGCCCAAAGUGUCCGAUACCGUCGUCGAACCGUACAAUGCGACCCUGUCGGUGCAUCAAUUGGUGGAAAACACCGACGAGACCUAUUGCAUCGAUAACGAGGCCCUAUACGAUAUUUGUUUCCGUACUCUCAAGGUUUCCAAUCCGAGUUACAACGACCUCAAUCACCUGGUCUCGCUCACCAUGUCCGGAGUAACGACCUGUCUCAGGUUCCCUGGCCAAUUGAACGCUGAUCUUAGGAAGCUCGCGGUGAACAUGGUGCCUUUCCCACGUUUGCACUUCUUCAUGCCGGGUUUCGCGCCUCUGACAUCCAGAUCCAUGCAGCAGUACUCGGCGCUUUCUGUGCCGGAGCUCACCCAACAAAUGUUCGACGCGAAGAACAUGAUGGCGGCCUGCGAUCCCCGUCACGGCCGAUAUCUUACCGUGGCGGCUGUUUUUCGCGGGAGAAUGUCGAUGAAAGAGGUGGACGAGCAGAUGCUCAGCGUACAGAACAAAAACAGCUCAUACUUUGUCGAAUGGAUACCAAACAAUGUAAAAACUGCCGUCUGCGAUAUCCCACCGAAAGGCUUGAAAAUGUCUUCGACUUUCAUCGGCAAUACCACCGCCAUCCAGGAGCUAUUCAAAAGGAUCUCUGAGCAGUUCACGGCGAUGUUCAGGAGGAAGGCCUUUCUUCACUGGUACACCGGCGAGGGCAUGGACGAGAUGGAAUUCACCGAGGCCGAAUCCAACAUGAAUGAUCUGGUAUCCGAAUACCAGCAGUACCAGGAAGCCACAGCGGAGGAGGACUUUGAGGCGGAGGAAUGCGCUGAUGACUUCGAAACUUGCGAGCAGGAAAACUGAAAGUAUCGCGAUGCUGCUUUCUUUUUCUGGUUCUAUCUUCAGCUUUUCUAUCUGUGUCCUAUCAUUGUAAGAGCUUGCAGAACGACCGACUGUGCGCUCGCGAGAAACCGCCUUUUGAUACUUUUAUAUAUGAUACGCUUUAUAAUCGACGAAUCGAAGCGAAUGUAAUAUAGGCAAUCGAGAUGAUUUUUAUACGGCAUAAUGAUACCGUAAUAUUUAUAUAUGAAUACAUAUAUAGCAUAUAUAUUUAUGAAGAUGAAUAUUUGAAGGCAAAACGAUAUAAUUGUGGCGAAUAAUAAAUUGAAAAAUAAUUAUUUAGAAGGUAUAGUUUAA